AACUUUCAUCGUACAACCAAUUUCGUUCACUAGCCGUUGUUUUCAAAUAUAUUCUAGAGAGAGAGAGGGAAGAGAGGAGAGAGAAAACAGACACGCACCCGCUGUUUACGUUCUCUUCAAAACCCUCUUCUGGAAUUCAAUCGAAACAACAUUCAAGAAAGCAAAGAUUCUCUCUCUGUGUCAGAGAGAGGGAGAUUUAAGUGUUUGAAGAAGACACAAGAUGGGCGGACCAAGUGAGAAUUUUCAUGGCGUGAUCAGACAUUCAAACAUUCAUGGGCAAAAUAGGAAGGCGUUGAGCACAAUCGACAGCAAUGUUAUAGGAAUUCACAGAAGGGGCGUUUUGACAGAGAAAAAUGCUGCCUUUCAGAAGAAUCCCAUGGCUCCACUUCAUCGUCCAGUUACUAGGAAGUUUGCUGCACAGUUGGCUGUCAAAGAGAAGCAGGAACAAAGAGCCGCGUCUCAAUCAUCAGACUGCGUUAUCAUGGAUGCAGAAGACCAUGAUGUGCCUAUGUUUGUGCAACAUACAGAAGCUAUGCUGGUGGAAAUUGAUCGCAUGGAUGCCGAAGUUGAGAUGGAAGACCUUGACUCCGAUGAGCCAAUCGUGGAUAUAGACGCGUGUGAUGAGAAGAAUCCACUUGCAGUUACUGAGUAUAUUGAUGAUAUAUAUGCACAUUACAAAAAGACAGAGAGCUCAAGCUGUGUGCCAUCAAACUACAUGGCUGGGCAGCUUGAUAUCAACGAUAGAAUGAGGGGCAUUCUCAUUGACUGGCUGAUUGAGGUGCAUUACAAGUUCGAGCUGAUGGAUGAGACGUUGUACCUAACUGUCAAUCUCAUCGACAGAUUCUUGGCAGUCCAGCGUGUUGAGAGGAAGAGAUUGCAGCUUGUCGGAGUCACUGCCAUGCUCCUAGCCUGCAAGUACGAGGAAGUGUCUGUUCCCGUUGUGGAAGACCUUGUCUUGAUCUCGGACAAGGCUUACUCGAGAAAGGAAGUGCUUGACAUGGAGAAGUUGAUGAUCAACACCUUACAGUUCAAUCUGUCGCUUCCAACACCUUACGUGUUCAUGAGGCGGUUCCUGAAAGCUGCUCAAUCCGACAAGAAGUUGGAGCUGGUAUCCUUGUUCAUACUCGAGCUCUCCCUCGUUCAAUAUGAGAUGCUCCGUUUCCCACCAUCCCUGCUCGCGGCUGCUGCAGUCUUCACGGCCCAAUGCACCCUUACACGAUGUGAGAUGUGGAGUAGGACUUGUGGGAGGCAUACUAGCUACAACAAAGAUGAGCUCAUGGAAUGUGCAAGGUUGAUGGUGAGUCUCCAUGAGAAUGCAGGGAACGGGAAGCUUACCGGUGUGUUCAAGAAGUACUCGACUUCCAAAUACGGCCACACUGCUAAAAUGGCUCCUGCUGUCUUUCUCAAAGAUGCAGCAGAAUCAUGAUACAGAAAGGGGAAUAUAUAUACAGAAGAAUAAGAUGAUGAUGAUGAUGGUUCACAAAUAAGCCUUCUCGGCUACAAGAUUUGAUUUUAGUUGUUUUUUUCUUCCAUCAGGUUCUUUGUGAUGGUAGACAUUUCAAUUCAUGAUUUGCAGCAACUUUAGUGGCUGAUUCAUUGUGUUUCCUACUAUUGGCUGGAUAUAUUUCAUUGAAUGAAUAUGAUUGUUGAUUCA